GCUGGUGAGAGGCAGGGAGAAGGAAAGAAGGCUCUCAAACUAGAGCUGUAAACGGCAGAUUUUAUCACUAAAUGUCAUUAUUUUGUAUCUAAAGAAGGGACGUAAACUUAGCACAAUGUCGAAGAAUACAGUGUCUAAUCGAUUCAGGACAGUAGACGUUGACGAAUACGACGAGAACAAAUUUGUUGACGAGGAGGAUGGAGGUGAAAAUCAGCUGGGUCCUGACGAGGCAGAAGUGGACUCGCUAAUCAGACAAGGGAACCUGAUGGAGGCCUUGCAGGCAGUCCUGAAGAACCCACCAAUCAACACCAAGAACCAGAACGUCAAGGACUGUGCCGAGGGCCUUGUGUUGAAGGUGCUGAGUGCCUUUAAGAGCAGUGACGUAGAGAAGGGGGUCCAGUCUCUGGAUAAGAACGGAGUGGACCUGCUCAUGAAGUACAUCUACAAAGGCUUUGAGACGCCAUCGGAUAACAGCAGUGCCGUCCUGCUGCAGUGGCAUGAAAAGGCUCUAUCUGCAGGUGGCCUGGGAUGCAUCGUUAGAGUACUAACGGCCAGGAAGACUGUCUAACUAACAGAGGAGGAGAGGAGCCAUGUUCUUCACAGCGACCGUCUGGUGCACAUUACAACACAAGGAUGAUAUCCAGUAGAUCACAGCGUGUCACAGAGGAGAUCCCUCCUAUCUGUCUCUGCUUCUUUUCAGAUCUCACUUCCCUAUGUCUCCGUACACAGACACACACACACUGAUACAGCUGGUUCACACAUUCACCCAAACACAUAACACAUGCCAAGUUGGAAUCGUUUUUAGUAUUUUUACUCCAUUCCUUUCCUUCCCUAGACCCUCAAAAACACACCAACACAAUGCUACAGAGCUCUCUAUUCCUUUCCUUCCCUAGACCCUCAAACACACACCAACACAAUGCUACAGAGCUCUCUAUUCCUUUCCUUCCCUAGACCCUCAAACACACACCAACACAAUGCUACAGAGCUCUCUAUUCCUUUCCUUCCCUAGACCCUCAAACACACACCAACACAAUGCUACAGAGCUCUCUAUUCCUUUCCUUCCCUAGACCCUCAAACACACACCAACACAAUGCUACAGAGCUCUCCAUUUCUUUCCUUCCCUAGACCCUCAAACACACACCAACACAAUGCUACAGAGCUCUCUAUUCCUUUCCUUCCCUAGACCCUCAAACACACACCAACACAAUGCUACAGAGCUCUUCUUAGGUAUGGCUUUGUUUCUCUCAGGAAAAAUCUAUUUUAUAACAGUCAGCUCAUUUGUCUACCCUGCUACUCUUUUUUAAAAUUAAAGCUCUGAUAGGCCGGUGUCUUUGUUAAAAAGCUGAUCAGAAAAUUCCUGAUGGAACAAAAUCUUAUAAUUCCACAGAAAAUCCCUAAUUUGCCCUUCUGUAACCCGUGGGGGCAGAGGGAGGGAGGCUCCUGAAAAGCACAGCCACAGAUGGAGCGGGGUGGAUUUGCGGGUGGGGGAAGUUUUCGCCAGCAGGGGUGGUCCAGCCAUCCUGCCUGCCCUAGUUAGGGAUUAAUACCCACGAUGCAUUACGGCCCCCCUUUACUACUAGCACCACUGUUAUUAAUCCUAGACUGUGUUCCUGUAAAAACACUACCUUAGCUAAUGUAAAGGGCAUGCAGUCUAAGUGGUGUCCUAGUAUGGGUUUAGUGAGAUCUAUGCCUAUUCCACAGUGUUCUCUCACUCACUGAAUCAUGUACAGGGAAUUAUCAUGUCAGACUCUGUUGUAAUAUUGUUUAGUAAGGGAUGCAUUUGUAGUGCUUCCAGGACAUAAGAAUAGUUUCACUAAGGACUAGGGUUGCAAACUUUCAAUACAUUUCCUGGUUUUCCAGAAAUCGUGUUUGUAGGAUUCCGAAAUUUAUUCCCUCUUGAUUCCGGGAAUCGGCCAAUCGGUAAAACUAGGGAAUAUGUUUAAAGGGUCCGGAAUCUUCCAACCCUAUAUCUAUGAUUAUUAGUAUUUUGACUAACAGAGAAUUUGCCUUGGAUGUAUUCCGUCUCUGUCUCUGUUGGGUCACAUUCCCUCACCAGUAUAUUUUGUAUGCCAUCACUGCUAGUCAAUCAUGGUGUCUCUUUCUUGACGUAUUUUUUUAUUUAACUAGGCAAGUCAGUUAAACAAAUUCUUAUUUACAAUGACGGUCUUCCGGGGAACAGUGGGUUAACUGCCUUGUUCAGGGGCAGAA